UGCUGGUGGCGCCGUAGCCGGAGGAAGCCAAGCCAGCCUCGAGCCCCCCGCCCCGCCCGAGGCAGCGAUGGCCGAGAGCCUGCGCAGGCUGAUCAGCAACGAGACCUGCGGCCUUUUGCAGGAGAAGCUGGAGGGCUGGUACAAAGACUACCGCAUGAAUUCAUGUGAUCAGAAUCUGAACCAAUGCUGUGAAAUCAUGGAACUGAGUGCCAUGAUCCAGGGUCAGCUCUUCAGCAUCCUUAGUCAAACUGCUCAAGAAGGUGGACAUUAUGCAGGCGUGGAAACAAUCAAAUCUCGUCUCCUGCCAUGGUUGGGGACUUGUUUUUCUAGCCCUGUUCCUGGAAGGCCCUUUGAAACAAGUUCCUCUCUCUUCCAGGAGUCACGUGGGAAAGACAGGCAGCUGAGAGAACUGGCCAACUCUCGAAACCACGAAAUACAGCAGCUGGAGAGAGAACUGAACGCCACUCGGUUAAAGCUCAGCCUUGUACAGCAAGAUCUUGAAGAAGCCCACUUGGCUCUUGAAGACACAAAGACCAAAUCAGCCACCACUCUUUUGGCAGCAGAGGAUGAAAUUGUUCAGCUAAAAGCAGAUCUAAAGGCAUCCCAGGCCAAAGAAGAAUGUGCUUUGAGGAAUCUGGAGCAGCUGAAGGAUUAUGAGCAGCAGGUCCAGAUGCUGAAGGAUGAAAUUGCCAUCCUUGGUGCUAAAAAAUCUAUUCUCCAAAGCAGGCUUGCACGAAGUCGAUCUCCUUCUCCAAGAUUGGGCCGAAGCAGAUCCCUUAGUCCACUUCCAAUGAAAAACAUUUCACCUGGCAGAGCCCGACUUACAAAUGUUUCCCGUCAUGCUCACCUUGUGGAACGCUUCAGUGACAUUUACGCUCAGGAACGUUUGGAUGCUCAGACUCUCUUGAGGAGCUAUGUUGAUGACCUGGAGAUGGCACAGAGGAUAAUAUAUGUGGCGGCUGUGGAGUCCUUCCAUGCAGCGAAGAAGGCCUUCAGACAGUUCAAAAUGCGCGUGAGAAAGACUCUUUCCCUAAGUUUCUCAGGGCCGGAAUCAUUUGAGGACACAGUAAUGGACUAUAUUAUUCGCCAGGAGGAUCUGUAUGAUGUUCAGUCCAGCGUCAGCGAAGUAAUUAAUGCAAUGAACAUCAAUCCUAAGAUUUCCUUUCCACCAGAGGUUGAUUUUAUCAUGAUCAGCAGUUUAAUACGAGAAUUGUGCCGUGUAGCCUUUUCAAUGCAGACUUUGGAUCCUCCACUUGAUAUUGCAUUUGCUUCCGAAGGAGAACUUUUUAAUGAGCACAAGUACCGACGCAGCUAUGACUCUGACUUCACAGCACCACUCGUGGCCUAUCAUGUGUGGCCUGCUCUCAUGGAAAAUGAUUCUGUCAUUGUGAAGGGAGAGGCUGUCACAAGAAGAGGCGCUCUGUGGUCUCACAGGAGUAGGAGCAGAAGCAGAGGCCGGAGCCAAAGUCGCGGCCACAGCUUGAGCCCUCUGUCUCACGGCGCAGACCAUUCCCGGCACUUGCCAUCUCGAAGCCGCAGCCCUUCCCCAUUAAGGAGCGGAAGCCCAAGACUUUAAAUUAACUGGAUAUAGUUUUUGAUUCUGUACAUCUGGAUCAGUUCGCUUCUGUGGUGCCUCCUCUUGUUCCACGAGUACCUCAAACCUUACUUAAAAUAAUGUGAACCGCAGUUUUGCAUCGCUCCAAGCAGAAAGUGAAAUGGGAUUGAUACUUAGUGUGAUUGUAUCACUUUUGUUUUGAAAAAAAUAGGAAUGAAUGCAACAAAUUUGAUUUAAAAAUUGCAUAGGCGCAUUUUAAAUCAUAAUAAUUUCUUUCUUUAAAAAAGUGUUUACACAGUGCAAAGGUCUUAAGUAUCUAGUUUUGAUAUAUAGUUUAAGUACUGAACAUGGCAAAGUAUUGCAAUUAUCACUUGAAAUACAGUCGUCACCUGAUGGUACUUCUAUAGGGCACAGUUUAGCUAAGGAGCUAAUGACACUUUUAAGUCUCAUUGAAAUAAAUGGGGCUUACAACACCAUCCUAAACAGAGUUGGAAGGGUGGAACUUUGCUUUGAAUGGCACUGAUAAAAAUGUUUCUUAUUGGCUAGAUCAUGAUCAACAAAGUACUUGGGCUUGCAUUCACGUGAAACGAUGAAAGCAUGAUUUCUAGCUGAAAUAGUCUUUGGUUGCAUUUGAGACGUUGGCCUGUUUUCACACAUCUUUAAAAUAGCGCAAGACUCCCCGAACGCUGGCGGCUUCGUAGCGCCUUUUCUGAUGUCACCUGGUUGCAGGCAGUUACGAGGGCACCACAAAAAACGGCAUCAUGACGGAGUGACGUCAGAAAUCGCGCGACGAAGCAGCCAGCGUUCGGUGAAUCUUGUGCUCUUUCAAAGUCAUGUGAAAAUGGCCGUUAUUUUGAUCUUGGAAGCAUAUAUUCCUGCUGAUCCAUUGUAUCGUUUUAACAUUGGGUGCUGACAGCAGCAUUUCCAUCUUCCAUUAAAUCUUAUAUUUUUUCCCUUUCCUGCACCUCAUCCUUAGGAUCAGCCUUCGAUACAGGCAACGCCAGUGACAUGUUUGGGGCCUUGACUUUUGACAUAGGGUAAUAGGAUUUGCUCACAGGGAUCAAUUAGACUAACAAGAUGAGUCCCUUACUUCUGAUCCUGGCGCUUGAGCUGAUCACAGCAUUGUCUUUUAUCAGUACAAAGCUGAAUGGGUUUUACCAGGGCUUUUUUUCUGGGAAAAGAGGUGGUGGA